GCCGCCUCGCCCCGCCGCGCCCCCGCCCCCGCGCGCAGCGCCCAUUGGGCCCGCCCGGGCGCGGGCGCGGCACCCGCGAUGGCAGCGGAGGCCCGCCAUGGCCGCACUGGCGGACGCCCGCUCGAUCCACGCCUCAAUGGCGGCCACCUCGGGCACCGUGAGGUCGUCGCCUGCCUCCGGCGGCGAGCGGUCGGCCGCGGAGGCGGGGCGGGCCGCGGGCGCGUCGGGCAGCCAGGCACCGGGGGAGGGGCACAGCUUGAGCCUCGCGGCUUCCACGGCGCUGCUCGUCCAGGAAGCCGCGGCGCUCUGCGACCACUCGCCAGGGGGCGCUGGCGCGCCGCGGCGGACAGCGGCGUGGCCGGCGGGGCCGGUGAGGGCGAGGCGCCUCAGCGGCGUCGCGACGCCCACGCGCGGCCCGCCAGCCGACGGCUGCGGCCCGCGCGGCUCCGCGCGCGGCUCCGCGCGCGGCUCCGCGCGCGGUGCGCCGUCGCGCUCUGGGAGCCCUUGCCGGACGCUUGCGGCGGCGGAGCGGCCGCGCGCCGUGCGGUCGCAGGCGCGCGCUGCGGCGCGGUUGCUGCACGUGCUGCUGCGGGCGCCCGCGGCGCGCGCAGUGGCUGGCGCCCUGUCGACGUGGCGCGCGCGGGGGAUGCAGUGGGCCUGCGAGCAGGCCCGCCAGCUAGAGGUGCAGCGCGUGCGCUCCGCCGCCAACGCCCUCGUGGAGGAGGACGCUCGCGCGCAGGGCGAGGCGCUGCGAGAUGCGCGGCAUGAGGCGCUGCUGCAGCAGAGGCUGCGUGGACUGGAGGUGGAGCGCGCGCGGCGCGCCGAGGCGCUGCUCGGCGCGCAGCGGCUGCUCUCCGCCGCUGAGCGGGCGCUUUGCCGGUGGCGCGCCGCGGCGCUGGCGGCCUCGCUGGCGGCAAUGGCGGCCGCGCCCCUGCGGGCCGCGCUCGCUGGGGGCGCGCAGGAGGACUGCGCGGCGCUGGGCGCCCGGGCCGCUCGGCUGGCCGCGAUGGAUGCGCAGGUGUGCGCCCAGCUGUCCGCCGCGCUCCUCGGGGCGCGCGGGCGCGAGAGGGGGCUGGCCGUGACAGCCGAACGGCCCCAAGCUCGGUGCUGCGUCCGCUGCCGGAUGACAUCCGCCCUAGGCCGGUGGCGUCUCGGGGCCUCGUUGGCCGCGCGCAGCGAGCCGCGGGGUGCGCCUGCGGCAGCGCAGGAGGACGACCGGGCCUCUCCCGAGCGCGCGGCGCUGGCGCUGCUGGCGGGCCGUGCGGACGCGCUGCUGCGCCUGAAGGUGCGGCUCGGGCUCCACCACGACUUUGCCGCACGGCUGUGGCCGAGCGCCGAGGCACCGUCGCCGCUGCUGCCGGCGCUGUUGGGCGAGGCGGGUGCCGGCGGCGGCGGCGAGGCGUGCGAGGACCGGGCCCUCGACGCUCUCGACGGGCGCCUCCUCCGUGGGGCGGCCUGCCUGCUGGAGUACGUGCUCGCCUCGCUGGUGCGCGCGCGGCUCCGCGGAGCGCUGAACGAGCUGCUCGAGGCCGCACUGGGCGCGGCCGCUCCAGCGGCCGCGCGGCCGAGCGCGGCGCCCUGGGGCGGCAUCUCGGGGUAG